GGCUGCUAUGUAUCAGAAAAUCUUGAGUUUUCUCCAUGUGUAAUGUAAUACAGGAUCUCUGGGGUUGUCCUGUGUGAUAUCUGGCACCAGGACACUGGCAGCGGAUCCUUUGGGUCCCUGUGGGUUGUGGGAUGGGGCCUCCACAGAUCUGGUUUGCUCUGGCACAUCCAGUAGACUCUCCACCAGAUUGGGAUCUGGAAGGUUUGGAGGCCUUGGGCUCUCUGAAACUGAUGUGGUGUCCGCGAAUACAAUCAUCUUCCAGUAGACAAGGAUUAGCGGUUUAACGUGGGCGACUCUCGUGAGUUUGACGUUGCAUCCGAUUUAAAAAACAUCACAGUGCAUCAUGUUGUGGCGAGUCGUGUCUGACCAGGUUGUGCUGUAUCUCUGGUGUUGUUGGAGACAAGUGGUGGGCUGAUGUCGGUUCAGAGUGUUCCCCUUUAGAAGUCAAAACAGCAUGUGAUUUGAUUUCAUGGUCUUUUAUCCUUUAACUAGCCUGAUAACAGGGAUGGAAAAGGCAACGAUGUGUGUGUGUGUGUGUGUCUAUAACAACUCUCCAUCAUCCCCUAGCAGAGGAUCCAUUAGCCUUGGACCCCCUCCUCCGUUGCCCAGUGAUAAAGUAAACAAAGUGUGUUUGACCAAUCCGGCAGGCAAAUAUUUGUUCUGGAAGCUGCCUCAUCCGACAGGAGACACACACACAUCUGCAGCCAUGUGCUGAGGUAUAUAUACGGUGACAGUCCUACUGGACUAGUAUUACAUAUGCACACACACAAACAGAAACGUGGAUCCAUCAAUGACCCAGGCCAAACCUUUUCUUGGACACAGACUCACCUGAACCUGGCGGCUAAUUCGCACUUCACCAGGUAAGAAAACAUUAACCUUUUCAACCAAUUUCAGCAUUUUAUCCUAUCAACAAACUGCUUUCCUGUCAGAUUCUUACCUUUCCUCUUCUCUAAUUGUCUUUCCAGUGUUAGUGAGCCAACAUGGCGGCAGGCGUCAUCAGGAACUUCCUUGUCCAGGCGCAGACUCCAGCCUACUUCCCCUUGAUUUUCCAGCACUCUCCAUGCAAAGAAGACGAAGAAGAGGAGAAGCUGGAGGAAAAGCCAGAGCAAAGGGAGGAUGAAGAAGAAAGAGAAGAAGAAGAAGAGGAGGAGGAUGAAGAAUCUGAGGCUCAGGAGGAAGAAGAAGAAUGUUUGGAGGAGGUUUUUCUAAACCCGGCCCACUAUGCUUUGGAUGUGACCACGCAGCUGCUGAAGUUCGCGGACCUCAUCAGCCGUGAUGUUCAGCGAUAUUUUGGUCGUUGCUCCGGUGACCAAGAGGCCUGUGACAUCUACAGCGACUCCGUCUCCGUCACAACCAGCGGGCGUCCUGCGUAUUACGAUGACCUGCUGAGGAUAGCAAGGGCAGGAAGUCCAGAGGAGCAGGAACACAGUUUUGUGGCUUGUAGGGAUCAUCAAGGAGCUGGGGUUGCCAGGGGCAACAGCAGUUUGGGGCCCCUGGCUGAACUGUUCAACCACGUGGGGCCGAGUCAGGGCCGCGGCCGACCGAUGAUCAAGCGGCACCUUCCACUCAGUUUCUGGACUGAGCCAAUCUCCUGCUGCUCUCUGGUCGGUUUCAAUAACACACCUGACGUUGUGCACUCAAACGGUGACACACCUUCGCAGGACGGCACGCACACAGACGCAGCUAACACACACGCGCACUAUAGCACGCUCACACACCACAACACACACACCCUCGAGAACAAUCAGCCGGACUUUAGUGACUUGCUGGCGAACUGGGAUCCAAACCCAGAGGUGACACACACGCUGACGGAGAACACACACAUGCAGCAUUGAAAGGCUGCUAGGGCUGACAGCUGAGUGUAAGAUAAGACUUCAUCCAUGUCCUUCACAGUUUUGAUUAAAAAAUAAAUAAAAAGUAGAAUAACAG